AUGUCAGAAAAUCCUGCAUUUAAGCCACUUAAGGUCAAGAGAAAAGAAAAGCUUGACAAUAAUUUAGGAAUUAAUGAAUUGAACGCCAGAAGACUGUUUAGAAAACUAUCUCCAAUACAGAGCCCAGCAGCCUCACAGCCACUUUCUCAUAUGCAGAUGUUUCCAGCAUACAUGAUUGAUUACAAGAAGUGAAAAAACGAAAGCGAAACCAAAAAAAAGCGAUCUCCUAUCAGAAUCCAAACAAAAAUAAAAUUCUCAAGAAAUCUAGACACUUUGCAGAAUCUGCAGCCUGGGGACUGUGCGAAAUAUAUAAAAUCGUGCUUUAAAGGACGCCAUAAGAGGCACCACUCGACGAAUUCUAUUUUAGAUUUUGCAGCAGUUCACAAUGCAAGUUUAGAGAAUACGAAUUGCAGCACGAGGCACCAAGGUAAUUCUGAUGACUCAGAAGAGGAGCCUAAAAAGUUGCAGCUUAAAGUCCCUCAAUCACGCUUGGAUUUGGCUAAUUUAGCUUUCCCACCCUAUAAUAGACAACAAAAUUCCAUUUUUAUAUUAAUAGAAAUUGCAGAAUUUAGGAUGAAUAUCCUUUAGGGUAAGGAAAAUAAAAAUGAAGCUUUCCAAAUCAGAGCUGCAUAUUGACAAUUGCAACCUAUCAAUAACUGAAAAAAAGAAAAGAAAGCAAGAAAGGUGAAGAAAAAUUGAAAGAAAUAUAGAAGAAUAUAAUAAAAGAAAAUAUAAUACCAGCAGCUUGUCAGAAUCCAUGGACUCCCAAGCAAAUAUCGCGAAAUCAAGCAAUGAUUUACUUUGCAUUUGCAAAGAUAAUGGGAUUUAUAUCCCCAAGCCGAAAUUCGUAAAGCAGACUUUCAAGCCAGACACUCUUGAAAAAUUCAGCAAAUUAUUUAGAGAAACUAUUGUAGGUUUAUGUAAAAGUACGAUUAUGAAUACACAUAUUAAAAAGAAAAGCUUAUAA